CGCCGACAUCCAGGAAGCAUUUCGCCCAAGAAGAGGAAGAGACAGCUCUCGUGGGUCCGCGUGCUAUGUAAAGGUAGGUGAUCUCCAUCUUGAUAUAACCUCGGGGGUACUCGCCUACGAUACGGACUCUCUCUUGCCUGUAUAUAACCCCUUGUCGCCCAUGCGUCUGCCUUCCUACGCCCAAGUCUGCCACCCCCGCAAGGAAACGGAUCCCUGUCGCUCGGUGACCUCAACGCACAGAAACUGCGAUGAACGACAGUCAACCGCCCACGACGCACCCGGAGGGCCCCAUCACGAUAUGCCCGGCCCCAGCUCCCGAUCUAACCCUCAUCACGUCCGACGGUGCCUCCUUCCUCGUGCACAAAUCCAUCCUCUCCAUCCACUCCCCGAUAUUCAGCGACAUGCUCGCCGUCGGCGCCGCCUCUCCCUCCCCCUCCCAAAUUGCCGAAGUGUCACUCACCGAGGACGCGCGCACACUCGAGGGCCUGCUGCGUUACUGCUACCCCAUGAAAGACUCUACCCCCGCACUACAGGAUGACCUGGGACGCCUGUGGGCGAUCCGCAGAGCCGCGAACAAGUACAUGAUGGACAGCGUCGAGGAGCGCGUGUCCGCGCAGCUGAAGGGCCGGCACGCCGAGGACGCGCUGCGCAUAUACGCGCUCGCGUGCCGCGACGGGUGCGAAGACGAAGCCCGCAACGCCGCGCACGCGCUCCUGCGCCACUCCGCGCUGCCCCGCUCCGUCCCCGAGCUCGCGCAGGUCAGCGGCGCCGCGGUCUUCCGGCUGUUCGAGUACCGCGAGAAGUGCGCCAGUGCUGCGGCGGCGCUCGAGUUCGCCUGGCUGGCGACGGCGCACGCGGACUGCGUGUUCCUCCGCGCGGGGGGCGAGCACACGGGCGCGUGCGCGGAGCGCGGGUCGGGGAUGCUGAUCGCCGGGGGGCGGGUGCUCGUCGCGCGGGCGUGGUGGAAGGACUAUGUCGGCGCGGCGAGGAAGCUGUUGAGAGAGCGGCCGUGCGCGGACGCGGUGAGGGCGCCCGAGGGCGUGUGGAAGGCGCUCGCGUGCGCGGCGACGUGCGAGUGCUGCCGGCGCGACGCGUACACGGAGUUCAUGGCGUUCGUGGAGGCGUAUGCGCAGGAGGUGGACCGGGCCACGGCGAAGGUUUGUCACGACCACUGGCAGAUGCAUUUCACCGAGGAUCGCUUGCAGAUCGUGAUACAUUAUUCGCAGAUGAAAGGCAAGUCUGCGAUUCAAAGUGGCCGCCUUCCUCUGGAACACUGGUCGUUAUUGUUGAGACCCGUUGCAGACAAUAACUGGAUACGCUAG